CUCCAUGAGGCCCUGGACCAGUGCAUGACUGCCCUGGACCUCUUCCUCACCAACCAGUUCUCAGAAGCACUCAGCUACCUCAAGCCCAGAACCAAGGAGAGCAUGUACCACUCGCUGACCUAUGCUACCAUCCUGGAGAUGCAGGCCAUGAUGACCUUUGACCCUCAGGACAUCCUGCUUGCUGGCAACAUGAUGAAGGAGGCGCAGUCCUUGUGUCAGAGGCACCGGAAGAAGUCCUCCGUAACGGAUUCCUUCAGCAGCCUUGUGCACCGCACCACCAUGGACCAGUUCACAGAAGAGGAAAUCCACGCUGAAGUCUGCUAUGCAGAGUGCCUGCUGCAGAGAGCUGCCCUCACCUUCCUGCAGGAUGAGAACAUGGUGAGCUUCAUCAAAGGUGGCAUCAAAGUCCGAAACAGCUACCAGACCUAUAAGGAGCUGGACAGCCUGGUCCAGUCCUCACAGUACUGCAAGGGGGAGAACCACAGGCACUUUGAAGGGGGCGUGAAGCUCGGCGUGGGAGCCUUCAACCUGACACUGUCCAUGCUUCCUACUAGGAUCCUGCGGCUGCUGGAGUUCGUGGGGUUUUCAGGAAAUAAGGACUACGGGCUCCUGCAGCUGGAGGAGGGCGCGUCGGGCCACAGCUUCCGCGCCGUGCUCUGCGUCAUGCUGCUGCUCUGCUACCACACCUUCCUCACCUUCGUGCUCGGCACCGGAAACGUCAACAUCGAGGAGGCGGAGAAGCUCUUGAAGCCUUACCUGAAGCGCUACCCUAAGGCCACCUACGUCUACAUGAAGGCUGCCUACCUCAGCAUGUUUGGGGAGGAGGACUACAAGCCGUUCGGGGAUGACGAAGUGGAGCUGUUUAGAGCUGUGCCCGGCCUGAAACUCAAGAUUGCUGGGAAGUCUCUGCCCACCGAGAAGUUUGCCAUCAGGAAGGCCCGGCGAUACCUCUCCCCCCACCCUGUCUCCUUGCCAAUCCCUGCGCUGGAAAUGAUGUACGUCUGGAACGGCUAUGCGGUCAUCGGGAAGCAGCGGGAGCUCACAGACGGCAUGCUCGAGGUCAUCACGCAGGCUGAGGAGACGCUGGGCAAGAGCCCAGAGAACGAAUAUUCUGUGGACGACGAGUGUCUGGUCAAACUGCUGAAAGGCCUGUGUCUGAAAUACCUGGGCCGAGUCCUUGAGGCCGAGGAGAACUUCAGGAGCAUUUCUGCCAAUGAAAAGAAGAUUAAAUAUGACCACUACCUGAUCCCAAAUGCCCUGCUGGAGCUGGCUCUGCUGUUUAUGGAACAAAGCAGAAAUGAAGAGGCCGUCAAACUCUUGGAAACUGCCAAGCAGAACUACAAGAACUACUCCAUGGAGUCAAGGACACAUUUCCGAAUCCAGGCAGCCAUGCUCCAAGCCAAGUCUUCCCUAGAAAAUGGCAGCAGGGCCGUGAUCUCAUCCGUGUCCUUGUAGCUCUGUGCAGUGCUUUUGGGCUGGACGACAGACUAAAACAGCUGGACAGAGCUCCUAGAAGCAUUUCAAAAAGACCCCUCUCCCUGCCCUGCCUUUGGGGCCUGCUGAAGCUCCAUUGGGCUGACAUGACGUUGGCUUCCAUGCGGAAGCAAAGCUGGCGUUUCCCCCCAGUGGGACCCUGGGCCUUUGCCAAGGACAGAGGGAGUGGAGUCCUCUGCCUGCCCCAUCACACAUACGGGUACUUGGGUUUUUUUCCACUGUGAUGUUUAAGAGAAUGUGUGAAACAGUUUACAUUUUCUUCAGAAAUACAUCGACAGGAUCAUAGUUGGCUUAAAAACAAACACAAAACCAAAACCAACCAAUCACCUGUAACUUUUUGCUUUAACCCAUACUGAUCUGGAGGAAUCCUCUUUCUAUGAUGCCAAAGGCCAAAUUCUUUUCCAAGCUUCAGGAACUUCUCCACUUACAGGGGGGCUGCAAAGCCCUUCAUUCAGUGGGACUGCACGCUGUCUGGGAGAAGCAGCACCUCAGACUUCUAUUUGCCUAGGACUUGGGCCUAGGCCAAAGGCCACAGACCCCCUGCUGCCCUAACUUCUCACACUGCAUUUGCACUUCCUUUGUAACUUUCCAAAUGAAAAAUCAAAUACAUCUUUUCAGUGACACAGUUUUUAUCUGA